AUGGCUGAUCAGCUGACUGAAGAACAGACUGCUGAAUUCAAGGAAGCUUACUCCAUAUUCAAUAAAGAUGAUGACACUACCCUCACAACAAAGGAACUGGGAACUGUCAUGCGGUCACUGGAUCAGAACCUAACAGAAACUGAACUGCAGGAUCUGAUCAACGAAGUGGAUGGUGACAGGAAUGGCACCAUUGACUUCCAAGAGUUCUUGACUAUGGUGGCUAGAAAAAUGAAAGACACAGAUAGUGAAGAAGAAAUCCGUGAAGCAUUCCGAGUCUUUGACAAGGAUGGAAAUGGUUACCUGAGUGCAGCAGAACUGAACCAUGUCAUGACAAACUUUGGAGAGAAGCUAACAGAUAAAGAAGUAGAUGAAAUGAUCACAGAAGCAAAUAUUUAUGGGGACUGA